AUGCACCGGAUUAACUCGUGGGCGAAAGCUCACGCAUCGUCUCGCGGUCCUACCAUCACCAGGACCUCCAGCAAACCAAAUCUCGAUACUAUCUCCUCCUCAACCUCCCGCGAUGCUGAAGUGACUCCCCCCGUCGCCAAGGCCGAGGGUGAAAGCCCCACCGAGGCCGACGAUGAAAAGAAACAAUUAAGCAUGCUGCGUCGCAUGCGCAAUGGCAGCAUCCGAUUCUAUCACCACACAAAGGAUGCCCUCAUUCACAGUUGGGUCAAUGUCCUCCUGGUCUUUGUGCCUAUCGGCAUCGCCUGUAAGGCUGCAGGUCUUAGCCCGGCCAUUGUCUUCGCCAUGAAUGCCGUCGCAAUCAUCCCCUUGGCUGGUUUGCUGAGCCACGCGACGGAGAGCGUCGCUAGUCGCCUCGGUGAUACCAUUGGCGCCUUGAUCAAUGUCACCUUCGGUAAUGCCGUCGAGCUGAUCAUCUUCAUUAUUGCACUCGUCAAGAAUGAGAUCCGUAUCGUGCAGGCCUCCCUGCUCGGAUCCAUCUUGGCCAAUCUACUGCUGAUCAUGGGAAUGGCCUUCCUCUUCGGUGGUCUCCGCUUCCAGGAGCAGAUGUACAACAGCACCGUCACGCAGAUGAGUGCUUGUAUGUUGAGUCUGUCCGUCAUGUCGCUGCUCUUGCCAACCGCCUUCCAUGCGUCCUUCAGCGACAGCACCUUCGCCGACAGCCAAACACUCAAAGUGAGCCGUGGUACCAGCGUGGUUCUCCUGCUGGUCUACAUCUUGUACAUUCUGUUCCAGUUGAAAUCGCACUCCUACCUCUACGCCAGUGUGCCCCAGCGCAUCAUUGACGAGGAGUCGCAUCCCGGUGUUCUCGCCGAGUUCUUGAACAGCUCCGACUCGUCAUCGAGCUCUAGCGACGAUUCUGUCGAUACUACCACCUCAUGGUCCACUGCGAAGCGCAUCAAGAAGGCCAUUGGGAAUCGUCGUCGUCGUAAGUCCAGUACCAGCACCACGUCCGGCAAGGGUACUGUGUCGCGCCAAUCGACCCAAAAGCAGGUCAUGGUGAAUGAGAAUCAGGGUUCCAUCGACAACUCCAUUGGCAGCACCAACAGCGUUGCUGUUGAUGAUGAAAUCAACUAUGAUGCUGAUGCCGACGCCCAGGGUUCGUCUGAAGUCCGCUCUCGCGACUUCGGUCAAGCCCUCACCAAGAUUGGCACUGCGCAGAGUGAAAAGGCUCGUCGUCGCGAACGCAAGAAGCGCCGCUCCAAACGUGCCGAGAAGGCCGUGGCAACGGCUCAAGCUCAAGCUCAGGCACACCCGCAGAUCCUGCCGGCGCACGUUCAGGCCCCGCGUCCUUCAAUGGCGGGCGCCAAGUCUGUCCCGAGCUUCGCAGGAAUGGAGGGUGCAGUCGAGAACGAGGCCCAACGCAAAUGGUCACCCUUUGGACCAAUUCCUUCUCUGCUUUCGAACACCGUGUUCAGCUCGCAGAGUCCGGCCAAUUCCCCUCAACUGGGUAGUGCCGCUGCGCGCCCGACCAUGGCCCGGAGUAAUUCCCUCCCCGCGCGGGUCACUCGACAGCCGCCGGUCGGAAACGCGGUGCAGUUUGCCAGGGGUGCAUCUCGUCUCACGGAUCCUCUGGACCCCAUCGCUCCCACCGUACAGCCGCAGGAGAUCGAGCCCGAAAUGUCGCGCACGGCGGCGGUGGUCAUGCUUCUUCUCUCUACCGGUCUGGUCGCCGUGUGCGCCGAGUUCCUGGUUGACGCGAUUCCGGAAAUGAUCGCCAGUUCGCCUGUCAGCGAGGCGUUCAUUGGAUUGAUUAUUCUUCCGAUUGUCGGAAAUGCUGCCGAGCACGUUACGGCGGUCACUGUCGCGACGAAGAACAAGAUGGAUUUGUCAAUUGGUGUUUCUGUCGGAAGUAGUAUUCAAAUUGCUAUAUUUGUCACCCCGCUUGUUGUUAUUCUCGGAUGGUGCAUGGACAAGGACAUGUCGCUGUAUUUCACCCUUUUUGAAACAGUGUGUCUGUUUGUCACAGCUUUCGUGGUGAAUUUCCUUGUCCUGGAUGGUCGCAGUAAUUAUCUGGAAGGUGCACUGUUGAUUGCUGCGUACGUGAUCAUCGCGCUGGGGGCCUUCUUCUACCCCGAUAACAGCAAGGCCAGCGUGUGGGCGGGGGCUUAG